AUGGAAUUUGCAAUUAAACACACAUGGGAUGGUUUACCCGUGAGCCACGAGCCAGUAACAGUUGUGCUGAAGUCGGACAAUGCAGGACUGCUGAUGGAAGUUAAUGCUCCCUUCUUUAAUGAUCCUCCAGCACCACUUGGAGAGCCAGGGAAGCCUUUUGGUGGACUGUGGGACUACGAGGUUGUAGAAGCGUUUUUCCUGAGUGACAGAACUGAGCAGUAUUUGGAAGUUGAACUUUGUCCCCAUGGACAGCACCUGCUGCUGCUGCUUUCUGGCAGAAGAAGAGUGUGGAAAGAAGCACUUCCUUUAGAAUUUGAGGUGACCAGGAUGAAAACCAAAUGGGAGGGUAAAGCUCAUCUUCCUUGGAAUUAUUUUCCACCGUGCACUAACAAGUUCAAUGCAUUUGCAAUUCAUGGCUCAGGAGAAGAGAGAAAAUACGAAGCGCUUCAUCCUGUGCCUCGACACCAACUUCAGGAAGGACAGAAACCAGAUUUUCAUCACCUGGAAUUUUUCAAAGAUUUGAACCUGAAAGAACUGAUGGGAGGAGACUGGAAGCAGCCUGAAUCAGAUAUAUGGAAGUCUCUCACUAAUUCAAUGGAUUGA